AUGAUACUCAUAGACUCUCUCCUGUAUCCUUCAUGUCCUCCCAGGGAUAAGGGAAGAUGUGUCAGGCUGUGGAAAAUAUCCUAUGGAGGUUUGUCGAAGGUGGUGGCUGGCUCUCUUCUAGUAGUUUAUGUGUUCCUUGUUCAUGAUGAUGGCCUGGCGCUGAUGAACAACCAGACGGCUCCAAAAUUCAUGCAUCCCAAAGAAUGGCAGCACCUCACCAUGUUCAUCCUCCUCAUUCUCAACGGCUGUGUAGAGUUCUUGAGCAGGAAUGUGCUGCCUCAGAGGUGUGUGGUCCUAGAGAAAGGUACCCUGGUCCUGAUCUACUAUGAGCUCCUGCUGCUGUUUGUGUCACACGUUAAAUACUCAGAAGGGAUAGAGCUGCAAGUCCAUUCUCUGCUCAUCUUGGUGGUGUUCCUGCUGAUGUUGGUGUUGGUCGCUGAGCUGUGGGCUCCUGACACAUGUCACAUCUGGCUGAUUGAGACCUUCCUGCUUCUGAUGAUGGGCUCCUGGCUGAUGCAGGCAGGUUUUACUUUAUACAGACCUCUCUCGGGCUACCCUUGGAAGGAUGAUGACACCAGUGACAUCAUGUUUGUCACCACCUUCUUCUGCUGGCAUGUGUUGGCCAAUGCCUCCUGCCUGUUGGGAAUCUAUGGUUUCUCUUGCUUUUGGUAUCGUGGUUACGGUCCCAGCUUGAAGCUGAUGGGGUCCAAAGAGGUUUCACAUUACACCAGCACUCCAGGACGCCUCUACAAGUCUCUGCAGGAAGUGGAGCCGUCAGAGAGAGAGGACCAGGCUCUCCUACUUUCAAAUAGCUCCCUCUGA